CUGUUGUUCCUCAGUUCCUCAGGGACUCAGUUUACCUGUCGGCAGGUACAGGACGGAAACUUGUUUUGGACCAGAGCAAAUAUGAGGCGAAAUAGGUGUUUUAUAUCCUUCAAAAAUCACUCACACACUGGGAUAUAAGAAGCAGAUAAGUAGCUUUGUGCUGUAAACUCUUGGAUGAAGAGGAUGUCGGGAGGAGGGAGCGCGAGCCCCAUGAAGACGCAGCUGGUGAGCGCGAUUCAGCUGCAGGAGCGCGAGGCGGAGGAGCGCGAGGAGGAGGAGCGCGAGACUGCUGCUGCUGCUGCUGCUAAACCUGUCCCUAAACCUGUCCGAAAACCUGUCGAGGAAGCCAGUGAUCAGAAAUAUUACAGCGUGGAGGAAGCUGUGGAAAGCAUCGGCUUCGGGCGCUUUCACAUACUACUCUUUGUUAUUAUGGGCAGUGCCAAUAUUGUAGAGGCGAUGGAGAUCAUGUUGUUGGCUGUGGUGUCUCCUGAGAUCAGAUGUGAGUGGCAUCUGGAGGAUUGGCAGGUGGCCCUGGUCUCCACGAUGGUGUUCCUGGGCUUCAUGUUAUGCGGGGUCCUGUGUGGAUAUGUGGCGGAUACAUACGGCCGCUGGAAGGUGGUGUUCGGGGGCUUCGUGUGGGCCGCAUAUUUCUCUGCGCUCACGUCAUUCGCACCAUCCUACGGCUGGUUUAUUUUCCUGCGCAGCAUGGUGGGCUGUGGAGUAGCAGCCACGUCACAAGGGUUUGUUCUGAAGACGGAAUUCAUUCCUGCUAAAUACCGAGGCUCUCUGCUGCCCCUGGCCUCCAUUUUCUGGAUGUUGGGAUCGUUGCUCAUCAUCGUUCUGGGGAUGACUGUGGUGCCCACGAUGGGUUGGCGCUGGAUGAUCCGCUUCUCCAUCAUCCCCAGUGUUGUACUACUCGUCCUCUUCCAGUUUAUCCCCGAGUCAGCGAGGUUCCAGGUCUCGGCAGGGAAUGUAAAAGGAGCUGUUGCCACUUUAAAAUGGAUCGCUAAGAUGAACGGAGUGAGCUUGCCUGAGGGGGAACUACGGGAAACUAUAGUGACAGAGAGAGGAAAUGCUGCCACUCUGGUUAGUCGAGCUUUCCUUAGGACAUCUCUGCUGUUGUGGUAUUCAUGGUUUGUGGCGUCUUUCUGCUAUUACGGCUCUGUGCUGGGCAGCUCCGAGCUCCUGGAGAAGAACCUGCUCUGUGUGACCGACGCCGACGCAGAACACGACAUCAAACACAACCAGGACACGAUGCUGUGUUACUGCAUCCCAUUCAACAUGGCCGACUACCAGACCCUCCUCAUCAGCUGCCUGGGAGAGGUGGCACUGAUCCCUCUGAACAUCGGCCUGUUGCACGUCAUGGGCCGAAAGUUCAGCAUGGUCGUCCUGCAGGUCCUCUCGGCCAUCUUCUUCAUGCUGAUUAAUAUCUGCACCACCAUGUUUGGUUUCACAGUGUUGCUCUUCCUGCUGCGUUCACUGGUCUCCAUGAAUUUUAAUGUGGUUUAUAUUUAUACUGCAGAGGUUUACCCUACAGCAGUGCGCUCUAUAGGAAUGGGCUUCUGUACUUCAUUCAGCCGAAUCGGUGGGAUGAUUGCACCCUUUGUAGCACAGGUGUUGAUGUCUAAGUCUGUGCUGUUAGCGUUGUCUCCGUUUGCUCUGGCAUGCUGUCUGUGCGCUGUCGGGACUGCCCUGUUACCCAUCGAGACCAGAGGACGAGCGUUACUGCAAAAUGAAUAAUGCACACCUGCUCAUGAAGAAACUAAGACUAUAUUCUAACUAUGUAUUUUUUUCUUUGUUAGUUUAUAAAUUGAUUAAAUUUGGAUCACAAAACC